AUGGCUUUUCACUUUAGAUAUGAUGCUCGCCGCAGUGAUCCGAAAUACGUGAAAGCUGUAGCGAGAGCUCUUCGACUGAUGGGCAAAAUGGGUUUCUGGGAAUGUCACAUCACUGCAAAAGUUUACGAUGAAAUCGUUAAAGAAGAAGGAGAGUCGUUCUGCCGUCAUAUUCUUCCCGAAGAGUUGAGAAAAAUCAAGGAGAAGUCUAAAGUGCCAAAGCUGGCCAAAGAAACAAAGAAAGAAGACUUGACGAAGUUGCAGAGAAGUGAGGAACUCCUGCAGGCUCUUCAGGCUGCUCAUUUCAUCGACAAUUACCACUGUUCACCUGUAGUCGGUAACGCUCUUCCGUUGACACAGCAGAUAGUUGACGACUAUCAGGGAAGCAAGGAGUACGCUAAAGGAAAUCUCGAUCCAUUAUUUGAACGCGGUACCAUGUUGUCUUUUGAUGAAGACGCCAAGGUAUUCAACAUUGACACGGAGGUCAUGGGAUCGAACGAGAUCGUGAGUGAAAGCCGCACGCAAGAAGUGCCAUCGUAUUGGGCAUGUAACAAACAAAAACCAGCUUUUUAUUUUGAGCAUUCCUAAAA